AUCUGUUUGUUCUCUGUAUCUAUGACGCUUUCUGUUUUGUUAUGCUUGUUCAUUUAUUUUGCUUUUAGACUCCACGUAUAAGUGAACUCAUACCGUAUUUUCUUUGUUUGACAUUUUUCUUAGCAAGACACCCUCUAGAUCCGUCUAUGCUAUCACAAAUGGCAACAUUGCAUUCUUUUGUGGGGGGCAUGCUACUCAACUUGUAGGAUCUUAAUUCCCUGACCAGGGAUUGAACCCCAGCCUUUGCCAGUGAGAGUACAGAGGCCUGAUUACUGGACCACCAGCGAAUUCCCCCAGGAGUUCAUCCUCUUUUAUGAGCAGAGCCACCAUGGGGACGACAGCCCAGGGGCCCAUUCACUUGCUGGAGCUAUGUGACCAGAAGCUCCUGGAGUUUGUCUGCAACGUGGACAAUAAGGACAUGGUGUGGCUGGAGGAGAUCGAGGAGGAGGCCGAGCGCAUGUUUACCAGAGAAUUCAGCAAAGAGCCUGAGCUGAUGCCCAGAACGCCUUCGCAGAAGAACCGACGGAAGAAGAGACGAAUUUCUUCCAUUCAGGACGAGAACAGAGACCCUAUCCGGAAAAGGUUGUCCCGCAGAAAGUCGCGGAGCAGCCAGCGGACCUCCCGGCACCUCCGCAGCAAGGACAAGGUGGAGAAGCUGGCCACGGUGGUGGGCGAGAAUGGCUCUGUCCUGCGGCGCGUGACCCGGGCUGCCGCUGCAGCGGCGGCCGCUUCUGUGGCAGCCGCCCCUCCUUCACCCACCUCCAGGUCUCCCACCGUCCUGACCAAGAAUCCCAAGGAGAGCCCAACCCAGUGCCAGCCAGUGCCUGCGGUAGAGAUCAGUGCCAAUGAGCGCCAGAGCGCCGAGCAGUACCUCAGUCACGUCCAGUCUGCCCAGGCUCCGACCCGUGCCCUGGCCCUGGCCUCCCAGAUCCCCUCGAGCUCGGAUGAGGAUUCAACACCCCAUAAGGCAGAGGCGGGGAGGCUGGAGUCUGUCACCGUGAGCUCCCUGAUGACUACACCUCGGGACCCCAAGGGCCGAGGGGCCGGGGCAGGAAGGUCCGCCUCCAAGCUCCGGAUUGCGGCGGCCACCCCCGGCCCACAGGACUCGCCCAGCUCUCCGGCCUCCCCGUGGCGGGAGCGAGUGCUGGCUCCCCUCCAGCCAGAUAACUUCUCCACCCCAAUGGGAGCCCGAGUGGACCGGCAGUCCGUGCGGCGCAGCCUGAUCGCCCCAGGCCCCCAGGCCUCCCUGGCUCGGAAUCACUCCCCAGUUUCCAAAGAAGACAGCACCAUCCGACGAUCAAGCAGAAGGAUCGCGGAGAAGACUGCCAAAGAGCCAACUGCCUCCGCCCGCAUCAUCUGCCACAGUUACCUGGAGAGGCUCCUGAAUGUUGAGGUGCCCCAGAAAGUCAGCCCCAAGGAGGAGGAACCCAGCAAGGAAGCUGAUGAGCCUAAGGAGGCAGCUGAGCCAGAGGUCCCCAAGAACAAUGGCAGGGCCUUGCAGCUCCGCAGCACCACCAUCAUCACCCUUAGCCCACCCAGCUCACAGCCUGCAGCCAGUAGCCAGGGUGAGUGUGAAGGGCGGCAGGAGGCCGAGACUGACCAGGCAGAUCACCCCAAGGAGCCACCCCAGAGUGUCAGGAGGAAGCGCAGCUACAAGCAGGCGGUGAGUGAGCUGGACGAGGAGCAGCAGCUGGAGGAUGAGGAGCUGCAGCCCCCCAGGAGCAAGACCCCCUCCCCGCCCUGUCCUGCCAGCAAGGUGGUGCGGCCCCUCCGGACCUUCCUACACACCGUGCAGAGGAACCAGAUGCUCAUGACCCCAACAUCAACCCCCCACGGCAACAUCAUGAAAUCCUUCAUCAAGCGCAACACUCCCCUGCGCGUGGACCCCAAGAGCAGCUUUGUUGAGAAAGAGCGGCAGCGCCUGGAGAACCUGCGGCGGAAGGAGGAGGCUGAGCAGCUCCGCAGGCAGAAGGUGGAGGAGGACAAGCGCCGGCGGCUGGAGGAGGUGAAGCUGAAGCGCGAGGAGCGCCUCCGCAAGGUGCUGCAGGCCCGGGAGCGGGUGGAGCAGAUGAAGGAGGAGAAGAAGAAGCAGAUCGAGCAGAAGUUUGCUCAGAUCGACGAGAAGACAGAGAAGGCCAAGGAGGAGCGGCUGGCAGAGGAGAAGGCCAGAAAGAGGGCAGCAGCUAAGAAGAUGGAGGAAGUGGAGGCGCGCAGGAAGCAGGAGGAGGAGGCGCGGAGGCUCAAGUGGCUGCAGCAGGAGGAGGAGGAGCGGCGGCACCAGGAACUGCUGCAAAAGAGGAAGGAGGAGGAGCAGGAGCGGCUGCGGAAGGCGGCCGAGGCCAGGAGGCUGGCGGAGCAGCGGGAGCAGGAGCGGCAGCUGGCGGAGCAGCGGGAGCAGGAGCGGAAGAGGGAGCAGGAGCGGCUGCAGGCUGAGCGGGAGCUGCAGGAGAGAGAGAAAGCCUUGAGAUUACAGAAGGAGCGGCUGCAACGGGAGCUGGAGGAAAAGAGGAGGAAGGAAGAGCAGCAGCGCCUGGCUGAGCAGCGGCUGCAGGAAGAGCAGAAGAAGGCCAAGGAGGCUGCGGGUGCCAGCAAUAGCCUGAACGUGACCGUGGACGUGCAGUCUCCAGCUUGUACGUCGUAUCAGAUGACCCCUCAGGGGCACAGGGCCCCCCCCAAGAUCAAUGCGGAUGACUACGGGAUGGAUCUAAACAGUGAUGACUCCACCGAUGACGAGGCCCAUCCCCGGAAGCCCAUCCCCAGCUGGGCCCGAGGCACCCAGCUCAGCCAGGCCGUCAUCCGCCAGUAUUACCAGCCCCCAGACCUUCUGGAUCUCUUCGGAAGCCUCCUCCAACUGGACUUGGAGGAAAUCUUCCAGAAGAGCAAGCCCCGCUACCAUAAGCGCACCAGCUCCGCCGUGUGGAACUCACCGCCCCUGCAGGGCCCCAGGGUCCCUGGCAGCCUGGCCUACAGCCUGAAGAAGCACUGAGCCGGGCCUGCGGGCCUGCUCGACUGUCUCGGCCUCGGCUGUGUCUAUCUGUCCGUCUCUCUGUUGGCCUGCUGCCCUCCUGCCUGGUACCCUGUCCCUGAGGGUUUGGUCAGAUGUAUAUAAAUGUCCUCUGUGUCACGGGAGAAGAGCAGCCCAGCCCCGCCUGGUCUGUUGACAGCACUCUGUAAAUAGAUUGUUAGAGUUCAGUUGAAUUUUAGCCUCUAGUGUUUGAGAGCUAGAUUAAUAAAGCCUGUUCCUUUAAGUCUGCUGUGGGUAUCAUGGCACCAGGGCUUCUCUGCACAAAGCCCCGGACCCUGGCUCUGUCUUGGGCUGCCGGAGGGGCCGGAAGAGGAGAUGUGUCAAGGUCAGCUGGAUCCCACCCACAGAGAGGCCGAUGGAGCAGGCAAUUCCGAUGGCAGCCCUGAACAACCCUGAGAAACACUUCAGUUACUUUCAUGUUGAGGCAGGUGACAUUACAAGCCUGUUUUUCUGGGCACCGCCCUGCCUGGAAAGAGGGGCUCAUUCAGUGGGUCAGACUUGGAGUUAAGGUCAGAGUUGGGCUCUUGACACAGCUCUGGCACUUAACACAGGCCCUCAGCCCCUCCACGCCUCAGGUUCCAUCCACCCUCGCCCCAGAUGCUGGAAGGACUAGAACAUGGACGUGCCGCUGAAACAGAUCUGGGUGAGGAAGGGGACGCCUCUUCAAACUACCUCAGGACCAGUACGUGCAAGCAGCUGGGAUGUUUCUCCAGCGAAACCAGGCAGCCGCCAGGUUAAAUGCUCAUUAGCCGCCUCAUUAUUGCGUCUCCAUGGAAGCUGGCCCUGCCCCACUGCAGCCAGCUGUGUACUAAGCCUGCCAUAGCUCUGUCUCCUCCUCCAGCUCUUGGGAUGGGGGUUGGUGAACUUGGGCCUAUGGGCCAAAUCAAGUCAAAGUCUGUUUUUGUCAAGUUUUAUUGGAACCCACUCUAUAGACAUGAAUUAACUACUGUCCCCAUCUGCCUGCUGAGGGCAGAGUUAAAUAGUUACAGCAGAGGCCUAAUGUUUCGCAAAGGUGAGAGUAUUUACUCUAUACCUUUACAGAAAAUGUUCGCUGACCCUACUUCAGGACAAAAUCAAGGCUGAAUGUAAGAGAGAAUUUUA